UAUAAUUCCGUGUUCGUUCAAACACUAAUAACUCUGUAGUUUCGUCUUUCCUGCCUCCCGAUUUUCGCCGCCGCCAGUUCUCCAUGACAAGUUCUAAUUUUCCCCAAAACCAAGUCACACGCCGAGUCCGCCGGAAAAUCCACCGGAAAAUGGGGUUUCGAAAGCGGUGCUUUAUGAUGGCGAAGCACCAAAAAACCCGGUUCUACAUCCUCGGACGCUGCGUUUCGAUGCUCCUCUGCUGGCACGACCACUCCAUAUCAGAUUAGCCAAUAGCCAGAGCUAGCUAGCUCCAAGAAUUUUCCAAAUUGAUUGGUCAACGUGGCACAGUCUUAUUGCUUGUGCUGUUUUCCAAGAGUUCAAAGUGAAAGCUGAGGAAGAAAAGCUGCGGUUAUGGGAAACAUGGUUGGUGAUAGAGCUUUUGGGUCAAGGACUCAAAUUUUCAAGGGCAAGGCCAAAAUUAUACACCAAAGCCAAAGAAUGAUUCUUUGUAUUUUUGACCUUAGAUUUGCUUCUUUUGCUUCAUGUGAAUCCAUGUACAUAUUCAAAGAUUGAAAGGAGAAAUACCAAAUGGAAAACAGUGACUCGUUUACUAUUA